CGGGCGGAUAACGCACGAGCAGGACCGCCACCGCGCCGAGAUCUCGACCUCUACUUCCUUUCACUUCACUUUCCCUCUCUGUAAUUCGCACACGGGCACACCGGACCGGCCGGAGAGACCCCCGGAGAACGCGGCACACAGUUGAGCUCGGCCUGCGUGCGCAACGUGCGACAUCCAAACCGCAGUUCCGAUCGCGACACCCAAUUGCCAAUCGGUCGCGGCACCACUUCGACUGAUUUUCGCGUUUUCGGAUCACCGUGCGGCGGACGCAUCAAUCCCAAAGGAAACCCGGGCCCGUUUUUGUGCACCAGUGAAAAUGACCAUUGACCAAUAAUAUAUAUUUUUGUAGUGCGAUCCAUUUAUUAUUAUUAUUUUUUUGAUUUUUUUUUCGUAAACGCGUCUAAAGUGCAGUGUUCUGUGAUAUUUUUAUAGAUUUUUUUCCUUCCUCGAUUUGGUAGAUUUAUCGAAACAACAGUGGUUUUAAUCGAAGCACAACAUGGGCAAAUAUUUAGCGAUCCUCGUCACGUCUUGGAUGUUCUGCAUCUGCGCUUGUUCCGAGAUUCACAAACACAUGACAAUAGAAGAAAUAAAAAGCACAUUCCAUGUGGAUCAUCACGAUUUAGUGCCUGAAUACGAAAUAGUACCAAUCCAGCAUGUACGAAAAAGAAGUCUGCCUUACAACGAAACUGAGAAUCUGAUCGACACCGAUGACGUGAUAAAGGACAAGAAACUGUUGAAGAAGCAACCCAACACCAAGACCCAUCUGAAAUUGGAAGCGUUCGGCAAACCGUUCAACUUAAGUUUGGUGCCCACCGAAGGCCUGUACAAGAAGGGCAAACUCAAGAUUUGGACCAUCGAACCCAACGCGACCGCUCAACAUGGCGUCGAAUACAUCGAGCUACCAGAGACAAACGAAGAAAUCGGAGAAAUAUACCAAGACGAAGAAAACCAAGCUGCGGUGCUGCUCCGAAACGAAGGCGACGACGUCAUUGUGGAAGGAAGCAUCGGUUCCCACCUAGUGAUCAGGCCAAUCCCUUCAAGGCUCCGACCCGUGGUUAAAAAAUCUGGCAAGGGCAAAGAUUCUAGUUACGAUGAUGAGAUGUUCUUGGACGCAGAUGGAGAACUUAGUUCGGAAGUCGCUAUCGAUACAGGCUUGCCUAUAAACAGAAAUAAACGCGUGCAUCACAUCGUUUACAAAAAGAAGCCUGUUGAAGACGACAGCAUGAGUGAUUAUGCGUUCAUGGAACCUGAUCACAUAUCCAAACGCUAUAAAAGAAAUGCCGAGAAUGCUGCGAAGAAGUCUAGAAGUAAAAGAGAAGCACCUUAUACAAUUUAUCCAGAAAUUUUAGUAAUUGUUGAUUAUGACGGGUAUAGAUUACACGGCGGGGAUAAUUUGCAAAUUAAAAGAUACUUUGUAUCAUUCUGGAACGGUGUCGAUCUUAGAUACAAAUUGCUCAAGGGUCCAAAAGUUAGAAUAUCCAUUGCAGGAAUAAUUAUUAGUAGGGGAAGAGAUGCUACACCAUAUUUAGAGAGAAAUAGAGUGGGAAGGGACGCGAUAGAUUCUGCAGCAGCAUUAACAGACAUGGGAAAAUAUUUAUUCAGAGAAAGAAGACUGCCCGUUUACGAUAUUGCCGUAGCUAUUACCAAACUAGACAUGUGCAGAAGAUCUUACCCCAAUGACGUAUGCAAUAGGGGCACUGCAGGAUUUGCGUAUGUUGGCGGUGCCUGUGUGGUCAACAAGAGAUUAGAAAAGGUAAACUCAGUCGCCAUCAUUGAAGACACUGGCGGUUUCAGCGGUAUCAUUGUAGCUGCUCACGAAGUUGGUCACUUAUUGGGUGCUGUUCAUGACGGAAGUCCUCCACCAUCUUACUUAGGCGGACCAGGAGCGGAAAAGUGCCAAUGGACCGACGGGUUUAUCAUGUCUGAUUUGAGGCACACCGAGAGGGGUUUCAGAUGGUCAUCUUGUAGUAUUGCCAGCUUCCAUCACUUCUUAAACGGGGAUACUGCCACGUGUCUAUUCAACUCUCCACACGAAGACGAAAGCUUGCCCAGAGUGUUGCCAGGAAAACUGCUCAGUUUAGAUGCUCAGUGCAGACGAGAUCGAGGAACGAGCGCUUGCUUCAAAGACGAUAGAGUUUGUGCCCAACUCUUCUGUUUCGACGCAGGUAGUGGCUACUGUGUAGCCUACAGACCUGCAGCUGAAGGAUCGCCUUGUGGAGAUGGACAAUAUUGUUUAAAUGGCAGAUGUGUAGCAGAACACGAGAAUAUUAUCCCAGAUUACACGCAGAAUACUCCUACAUACAUAAGAAAUGGAAACCAAGGACGGCCACUGUUCCACGAUGAAGACGAAGAAAUUACACCUGAAGCACCAAAAUAUUACAAUAAUUAUCAAGACUACAGCACACAAAGUCCCUACAACCCUUACAAUUACAAUCAAUACAAUCAAAACGAUAAUCCUUAUUACAGCCAAGACUAUUACUCCACCACUACCACUACAACAACCACCACUCAAAAUCCUUACUACACGACAAAGUCUUACACCUUCAAGCCGUUCAAUUACUUUUCAAUUUCAACCACCAAGUCCCCCUAUGACUUCCACAACUUUGGUAAAGAAUACACAACACAAAAACCGUACACAAACAACUAUUACACCACCCAAAAUCCUUAUUCGCCCACUCAAUCAACGUCCAAUCCUUAUGUAGGCAAUUACUUUAAUGUGCGAAGACAGACGACGAAAAGCCCUUACGAUUUUGCCGAUUUCGGCAAGCAAACCACCAAAAACCCCUAUAGUUUAAAUUACAACGAUAACAUAAACAAUAACUACCUCAAAAGAUCCUAUAAUGCAGCGAGCUAUUAUAGCGACAGUAGCAAUGUAAGAAAUGUUACCGUAGGAAGACUUUGAACAAAACCAAUAGGCUGAAUAAUCAUCACCGCACUUAGGAGUAGACUUGCUCUUCAUUUUAAUCAUUUUAAGGAGUUAGAGCCGUAUGCAUCAACGAAUGAUCGGUUGUGAUUUAGUUUGGGGGUGCCACUGGUGCCUUCGAUGAAAGACUACUUAAGUGAAUGGACAAUCGUAGUGAUAAUCGUGAAUCUGGACAGUAAUUUUUUUAGAUACACGCAGAUAUUAUGUAAUAUGUUUUGUGUUGUCAAAUUUAAAGCUGCCAUGACAAAUACACGCAUAACUUCAUCUUGCAUAAUAGCUAGGUUACUACAUCUGUACAUACGUAAGGUUAUUAAAAACUGCCAAGAAUGUAACAAUAUUUAGACAAAUAUAAAUGAAUUUAUUUUUAUAGAAAUGAUA